CGCACCAGCGCCGCCGGCCGCGGAAACCGCCCCGGGAGAGAAAGAGAACUUGUUCGUCCGUCCCCGCCUGCCUCCCCGCCGCCCGCGCAUCCUCUCCCGCCGCGCAUCCGCCCGCCCUCCGGGUCCUGCUCCCCCCGGACUCGGGGCCGGUCCGCUGGCUCCGGCUGGAACGCUUCCCCGUUCGUUUCCCGCGGAGGGGUUUAGUCGGUAGCGGUGCACGGAGAAGAGGCGCCGUCCCUCAGGCACCCUGCCUCACCCUGCGGGGGAAGGGAGCUGGGUGGGGGCAAGCCAGGAAGGGAGGAUCUCAGUGGCUCUCCUAAAAUCUAUCAGCAGGCUGCGAGGAGGGAAGAGUUUGGCACUUCGCAGCGAGGCUGGGCUUGUUUUCCCUAGCGGUGAUGCCGCUGGACUGAGAGCGGAGCGACCGUGCGAGUUAGGGGGACGGAGCCCCCCCCCGCCCCCCUCCUUCCAGCGCCCCCCAGACCCGGUGCAGCGCCUUCAGCCCCAGCGGCUCGUCCGUGCCGCCCCACUGUAUGAGCGCUGCUCCGAGGACACGGCGGCUCGGCGCCUGCUAGGGCUGCUCUCCGCCGCCCCCGGACCUCCCCACCARCGACGAGGAGCGGCGCGCACCCCGCACCCGGAGAGUUGUCUCGGCAGGCUCCGUGCUAUGGCGAGGCUGCGGAGGAGCAAACUAGCCGCUGGAUUUCUAUUACUUUUCCAGUGCCUGAGCGAGCGCUGCCAGCUCGCCGGCGGGGAGACGCCGAGGCAGAGCCSCGGUGUGUUUUAUGAAGUUGUUCAGAGCUUCCCUCGWGUGGAGGAACAUGUGCAGGUGGAUUCAUAUGUAAACAGCCACAGGUGGAGGAGGCACUCAGAGUCCCUCAAAUCCGUGGACACCAACAGAGCCAGCAUGGGGCAGGAUUCCUCGGAGCCAGGUGGUUUCACGGACCUGCUGCUUGAAGAGGGACACGACAACACCACGCAGAUUGAGGAGGAUACAGAUCAUAAUUAUUAUACAUCAAGGACGUAUGGCCCGUAUGAUUCUACCAGCCGGGAUUUGUGGGUCAAUAUAGACCAAAUGGAGAAGGACAAAGUAAAGAUUCAUGGSAUCCUUUCCAAUACCCAUCGUCAAGCAGCAAGAGUGAAUCUGUCCUUUGAUUUUCCAUUUUACGGACAUUUUCUACGUGAAAUUACUGUGGCAACUGGGGGUUUCAUAUAUACUGGAGAAGUUGUGCAUCGAAUGCUAACAGCUACUCAAUAUAUUGCACCCUUAAUGGCAAAUUUUGACCCCAGUGUGUCAAGAAAUUCAACAGUCAGAUACUUUGAUAAUGGCACAGCACUAGUUGUCCAGUGGGACCAUGUACAUCUGCAGGAUAAUUACAACCUGGGGAGUUUCACUUUUCAGGCCACCCUUCUCAAUGAUGGGCGUAUCAUUUUCGGCUACAAAGAAAUUCCUGUUGCUGUGACACAGAUAAGUUCAACCAACCACCCAGUGAAAGUGGGACUUUCAGAUGCAUUUGUGGUCGUGCACAGGAUCCAACAAAUUCCCAAUGUCCGCAGAAGAACAAUUUAUGAAUACCACAGGGUGGAGCUACAGAUGUCAAAGAUUACCAAUCUCUCAGCUGUCGAAAUGAUACCUCUUCCAACUUGUCUCCAGUUUACCAGCUGUGGUCCCUGUGUCACUGCCCAGAUUGGUUUCAACUGCAGCUGGUGCAGUAAACUCCAAAGAUGCUCCAGUGGAUUUGAUCGUCACCGGCAAGAUUGGGUAGACAGUGGCUGCCCUGAAGAGUCAAAAGAUAAGAUUUGUGAGAAGAAUAUAGACACAACUGAAACACCUCUGUACUCCACCACCACCACCCUUCUGCCAACCACCACAAGGUUCAGAGUUUUAACAACCACCAGAGGAUCCACCACUUCCCACCUGCCAACCAGCCUGCCCACAGAAGAUGACACCAAGAUAGCACUGCACCUAAAAGAUAAUGGAGCUUCCACAGAUGACAGUGCAGCAGAGAAGAAGGGCGGAACACUUCACGCUGGGUUAAUCGUUGGCAUUCUGGUGCUGGUGCUGGUUGUGGCUGCAGCCAUCCUCGUGACYGCCUACAUGUAUCAUCAUCCAACGUCAGCAGCGAGUCUCUUCUUCAUAGAGCGGCGUCCAAGCAGAUGGCCAGCAAUGAAAUUCAGAAGAGGAUCUGGACAUCCUGCCUAUGCUGAGGUGGAACCAGUUGGAGAAAAAGAAGGGUUCAUCGUAUCAGAGCAGUGCUAAAAUUUCUGGGACAGAGCACCAGUACUGGUCUACAGGUGUAAGACAUUWACUUUGCCUCUCUUUAAAGAAAAGGAGCCCUAAGCUGCUGUAGCCCGAUAGAAAGAAGAUUCUGGAUAAACUUUGUCCAAGAAGAAAAACUAUCUAAGAUAGCAGAUUACUACUGCACAGUAGUGUUUGUUAGUGGACUGAGACACAAUGGUUCAUGCAGAACACUUGUCAGUGGACACCUACAGUAUCAGAACUGAGGCACAAGUGCCGUGUCAUUUGCUUUAGGUGUGGGGAUGCACAGCAAUCAGAAGUACAAUAAAGCUUUGGUGCACAGGGGCAUUGCCCUUUGGUUCAAGUCUUCUUCUCUGUUAUCUCAAAGACUGAGGGAAAAAUCUGUGCCAUUUCAAUGCAAAGGGCACAGAUCAGUGUUCACAGGUGAUUGAGGAAAGUAUCUUAAAACAGGUAAAGAAUCAAAAAAGGAAUUUUCUGACAUUUACAUAAACAGAUGUGAAAUACACACACUCUUCAAUUCUAAAUUGACUGCCAACCUAACUGAGUGAUUCACUAUGUAAAUGCUUUCCAGGAGUAAUACAAUCUUUCUUGUGCAUUGCUGAUUACAACCCUUCUAAACAACUCAUGAUAUGUGGAUCAGUAGGAACUGAAGAGAACAGAGAAUUUUCACAAUGGUGAAAUUAUUUCAUGGGCAUUCACAAUGAUGUUGGGCUGAUUUUCAGU